CACCCAACACAUCAGGCAAACAAAACCAAACCAACCCCUCCUCCCCCGCCUCUCUCUUUCUCUGGAAGGCACCCAACCCAACUGUGAGACUCUCUCUUUCGUUUCUCUUUUCCCUAUAUUUACUUCCAAUCAACUCCCUCAGCUUUCAGAUUUGCAAAGAAUCCAGAAACAAUCAGAUCAGAGAAUUUUUUUUUUUAUUUAAAUUUUUGGUUUUCGACAAAAACUGAUGUAACAGUGCAUAUUGGAUAAUGGCUGUUCAAACAUCUGGUAGAUCAGUAUAUGAUGACGACUUUGAUGAGGAAGAUGGGCCUACAGUUUUCAAAAGGAGUAAACCAACGGCUAAACAAAAUCCAUUGAAUUCAGAAGUGAACAAAUUAUCAUCUCAAAGGCAUGAUGGACAAUCUGGGAGGCAGGUCUCUGGCAUACCCUCUUCCAAUAGUCAAAACUUGAGUUCGCAGAAGGGUAAGAUGGUUACAUCUAACAAGGCAUCACCAGUUAAAUCUCCUGCAGCUAGCCCAAAAGCAUCAACUUCCUCUGUCAAGGCAUCACCUGAGAAGUCACCAGUAGCGAAUUCAAGGAAAUUGAGUAUGUCAGACGGUCAUGCAAAACACUCAUCUCAACAGAAGUUGUCAAGAUCUAUUAAGGAGGAAAUGUAUUCUGCAGAAAAUAGUGAUUCUGAGGAUUCUGAAGAUGACAAACCACUGAGUGCUAGACUCAAGGGGAACUCCAACCCUGCCCACAAAGGGAUCGGGAAACCUAUUCCUACAACAUCACUGCCAACGGUGUCAAAAAAUGCUGUCAAAAAAUAUUCUGAAGACUCAGACGAUGAAGUUCCAUUGUCUUCACGGUUCCCAUUCAAAUCCAAUGUGGGCACGCCCAAUAUUAAGUCAUAUGAGUCUGAAGAAAAGAAACCUUCAGCUUCAAAAAUUCAGCAAAAUGGCUCCACCUUGAGGAACAAACAGCAUAAAUCUUCCAUGGUAAUGGGUAAGAGACCCCUAGAUAAGGCCAAUUCCUCGGAUCAGUCUUCAGUUAAAAAGACAAAGCUCUCAGAUACAUCUACAACUGUGAAGAUUAAGCAAGUGUCAGUCAAAGCAGAACUAAAGACAGAUGAUGAUGAUGACCAUAUUCCAAUUGCUCAGAGAAUAAAGAAGCCAUCCGCAUCUGGUAACAAAUCUUCUUCCACAAAACAAAAACCUGUAAAAGUUGCUUCUUCUUCAUUUAAGAAAACAACUCAGAAGUCUAAGAAAGCAGUGAAAAAUUCAAAGUAUAUAAAGUCGACAAAAAUGUCACCUAGCGCUGGUGAUGGACAGAAGAAAUGGACUACCCUGGUUCACAAUGGCGUAAUUUUUCCUCCCCCAUAUAAACCUCAUGGAGUAAAGAUGCGCUAUAGUGGGAAGCCAGUUGAUUUGAAUCCUGACCAAGAGGAGGUUGCCACUAUGUUUGCAGUGAUGAAAGAUACAGAUUACAUGCAGAAAGAUAAGUUCAAAGAGAAUUUUUGGACUGAUUGGCGGAAGUUACUAGGUAAAAACCAUGUGAUCCAGAGCUUGGAGAAAUGUGAUUUCACCCCAAUAUAUGACUGGUGCCAACAGGAAAAAGAGAAGAAGAAACAAAUGAGUACAGAAGAGAAGAAGGCGGUUAAGGAAGAGAAAUUGAAUCAGGAGGAGAAGUAUAUGUGGGCCAUUGUUGAUGGUGUUAAAGAGAAGGUUGGAAACUUCAGAGUUGAGCCACCUGGAUUAUUUCGAGGCCGUGGAGAGCAUCCAAAGAUGGGAAAGCUGAAAAAACGCAUUCGUCCGAGAGAUAUCACGAUUAAUAUCGGAAAGGAUGCUCCAAUUCCAGAAUGCCCUAUCCCUGGCGAAAGCUGGAAGGAAGUAAGACACGAUAAUACCGUUACAUGGUUAGCUUUCUGGAAUGAUCCAAUCAAUCCAAAGGAAUUCAAGUAUGUGUUUCUUGCGGCUAGUAGUACCUUGAAGGGGCAAAGUGACAAGGAAAAAUAUGAGAAAGCAAGGAUGCUGAAGGACUACAUAGAAAACAUCAGGGCCGCAUACACAAAGAAUUUUACAAGUAAAGAUGUCAUGAAGCGGCAAAUAGCAGUUGCUACCUAUCUUAUUGAUAAACUAGCUCUGAGGGCUGGCAAUGAGAAGGAUGAUGAUGAGGCUGAUACUGUUGGUUGCUGCACAUUGAAAGUAGAGAAUGUUAAGGCAGUAGCCCCAAACACGUUGGAGUUUAACUUCCUUGGUAAAGAUUCAAUUAGAUACGAAAAUAAAGUUGAAGUCGAGCUUCCUGUUUACAAGGCAAUUAUACAGUUCCAAGCAGGAAAAAAGGGAUCUGACGAUCUUUUUGACCAGCUGGACACCAGUAAAUUGAAUGCCCAUUUGAAAGAACUGAUGCCUGGUCUUACAGCAAAAGUCUUCCGAACAUAUAAUGCAUCCAUCACGUUAGAUGAGAUGUUGAAUAUGGAAACUAAGGAUGGAGAUGUUGCAGAGAAAAUUGUUGUUUACCAGCACGCAAACAAGGAGGUUGCAAUCAUUUGUAAUCAUCAGCGCAGUGUUUCAAAAUCUCACAGUCAACAAAUGUCGAGACUAAAUGAGAAGAUUAGCGAGCUUCAGGGCUUACUUAAAGAGUUGAAGACAGAUUUGGACAGGGCAAAGAAAGGGAAGCCCCCACUAAAGAACGCUGAUGGAAAACGAAGAAAUUUGGCUCCUGAAGCGAUAGAGAAAAAAAUUGCUCAAACCAAUACGAAGAUUGAGAAAAUGGAACGGGAUAUGAAGACCAAAGAAGAUCUGAAAACCGUGGCAUUAGGUACGUCCAAAAUCAACUACCUUGACCCUCGAAUCACAGUUGCAUGGUGCAAACGGCACGAAGUUCCCAUUGAGAAGAUAUUCAACAAGUCUCUGCUGGCGAAGUUUGCAUGGGCAAUGGACGUAGAUCCUGAUUUCAGAUUCUGAUAUUUUUAAAUGAUGCUCACUUGGUCUUUACUUCGCCUCCCCCACCCCCCACCCCACCCUGAACAUAUGUCCUUUUUGUUUUAUCCUUUUUCCAUUAAAGAUACUCACAAUUUUUUUUUUUUUUUUCAUAUCUCCGGAAAAAUUGUAGUAUGUUCAUCUAAUCUAAUUAUGGGAUGAGCUACCCCCUUCCUCAACCCAUAUUUUUCAUUUUACAAGUUAACGGCAACAAUUGUUUGCUUGAACUUUCAUUUCAAACAUUUUAUUUCAAUGGUAAAAUGUUAUAGAAGAAAAUCUAAUGAAAAGAAAAUUUCGUUGUUUGUAUCA